AUGACGACCGCGCUCACCCCGACGGCGACGCAUCCCAGCGCCGCUCUCGGCGGCGGACCGAGGUGGGUCAGGGGGCCGAGGGCGGCGGCCGACGGCUGUUCGACCCCGUCGCGCACACGCGGUGUCCACGCGACGCCGAUCCCGACGGUGCCCCGGCGAGCCGCGCUCACCGCGCUCACCGCCGCCGCCGCCUCCUCCCGAGACCUCUCCCCGGCGACGGCAUCCGUCGCGUCGACGUCGGAGGUUGUCCGUGAAGCCGCGGCGCUCGCGACGAACGGCGCGGGCGCGUCCACGGUCGCGUUCGACGACGCCACCGUCACCAUACGAGGCACCGGCCAGGUCGUGCCCGUCGCCGUUUGGUACCCAACCGACGGAACGGGCCCGACGCCCACCUACCCGCACGCGAUAUCCGUCGCCAAGAUCGCGAGGGUGCUGCUCAACACCCCGGAGUCCACCCCGAGGUUCCUGGAUCGCGACUUUCCCCUCGAACCCUCCGCGGGGGUGGUCCGAGCGUCCACCUCCGCCGCGCCCAAAAACGCCAGAGGCGCCGUCGUCCUGUGCCACGGCUACCUCGGCUCGAGGUUCGACCUCGUCGACCUCGCCGAGGCGCUCGCCGCGUCCGGGUUCGUCGUCGCCGCGCCGGAGUUUGCCGAAUCCCUCGCGUCGCCGGACACCGUCUCGGCGCAGACGAGGCCCGGGGCGAAACCCGCGGCGAACCCGUCGGCCACCAGGGAGGCGGUGUUGGACGCGGCGUUGAAGAUUUUUGGCGACGAAAAGUUUACGUGGGUCGAGAGGGACGGAAAACUCCGCAGCAAGGUGCCGGUGGCGCUCGUGGGCCAGUCGGCGGGUGCUUCGACGGCUACCGGCGCGCCGGGGUCGUUCGCGGCGAGGGUCGCCAUCGCGGGUUUCAGGCCCCCGCCGAGCGAGGAGCGCGAAAGAGUUUUAACCUUGCUCGGGGACCCGCUCCUCGUCGUCGCCUCCGCCGGGGACGGCGUCAUCUCUCUGUACCCCACGGACGGCGGGGUGUUCGGGCCGUACAGAGGGAUCGAGGCGGAGGUGGCGUCGCUGCCGGCGGAGUUUGCGCGGUUCGACGCCCGGGGACUGUUGGAUUCGGUUCGGUCGGGGGACAUUUCUCGGAGGGCGUUUGUGACGUACGAGACGGUCGGCGGUGAGUCACCGGGCGGUGAGUCACCGGGCGGUGAGUCACCGGGUCAACAGCCCCUACCGUGCCACAUCAGCUUCCUGUCGUCGAGGACCAACGAUGCCAUGGUCGACGUGCUUGGACCGCUCUUGCCCGUCGCCAGGGCGCUCGGGGUGCCGGUGCUGGACUUUGACAGGUACCAGGUGACGAGGGACAGCGACGAGGUGAACCAGACGCUGGUCCCCGCGGUUGUCGCGUGGCUGGCGGCGGUGAUGCGAUGA